AUGUCGUCCUCCAGCGAUUCCAGCCCCGGGAAUUGGAUUACCGGCAGCUACACUGGCGGUAGCGAUGGGGUGCGCAUCGCCAUCGCGACCUUCGUGGGCGUCGCCUGGUACAAUGUGGUCGAAUUGGUGGUCCUCAUCUUCUUGACCUUCAAGCGCUAUCAAGGCGUGUACUUUUGGAGUAUGUUGAUCUCAUCAGUCGGCACCCUCCCCUACAGUGUCGGAUAUUUGAUCAAGUUUUUCAACCUCACCUCGGCCACCUGGCUCCCCGUCACGCUCCUGACCAUCGGCUGGUGGACCAUGGUCACGGGCCAGUCAUUUGUGCUGUAUUCGCGCCUGCACUUGGUCCUCCAGAAUCUGCAUGUGCUGCGCAUGGUCAAGGGCAUGAUCAUCAUGAACAUCUUCAUUCUGCACUUGCCGACUACCGUCCUGACCUAUGCCGCCAACUUCUCCCAGACCAAGGCCUCCGUGGAUGGCUACGAUGUCAUGGAGAAGCUCCAGCUCACCGGGUUCUGCGUCCAGGAAGUCAUCAUCUCCAGUCUGUACAUGUGGGAGACCAAUCGCAUGCUGCAGCUCAACCCCGACCGCGUCAGCCGCAAAACCAUCCUACAGCUGCUCGCCGUCAAUGCCGCCUGUAUCCUGAUGGAUAUCGCCCUGAUGAUCAUCGAGUUUAUGAACUUUUAUAUCUACCAGACGACCCUCAAGGCCACCCUCUACAGCAUUAAGCUGAAACUCGAAAUCGCCGUGCUGGGUAAAUUGGUCAACGUUGCCCAUCAACAUGUCUGGCGCUCGUCCGUGUUUGAUGUCGGCGGUAACCAGUACCCGUCAUUCGUCGAUCCCACGCGUGUUACCUGUGAUUUCAACCAUCCCGAGUCUGUGGCCACGAGUCAGGGGUCCAAGGGCCGCGCAACCGGUCUCGAAGCAAUCGACGCGGACGCUCGAUGA